AUGGGGAUGGAUUUUAUCUUCGUCAACGUGCAGAAACCAAGGGAUGCCCUCCAGCUCGCCAAAGAGCCCGAGUUCCGGUCUCACGUGACGCGUUAUCAAUGGAAGCAAGCGCGUCGGGAUAGGCAUCUCCGGACUAGGCUCUUGUUGGGUGCGGCGCAACUGGGUGUUGCGCAAGAUGUGAAAGCCACUGAAGUUCAAAACCGCCCCGGGUUUGACUCUUUCACCCCGGCACCAGCCUUAAUAUCGCCUCAAAUCGGCGGACUUAGGGUGGACCCCUUCAAGUCUUAUCCUAUAUCGGUCCAACCUUGGACCCCACUUCUGGUCGAUCACUAUUUGAUGAACAUGGCAGUUGAUAUUCCCGAGCUUGACCUGCCUGGGACCCCCGGUCUCCUGAGGACCAGUUGGUUUCCACUAGUGAUGACCGAGCCCGCGUUAUUCUCUGUCAUUAUUCUUAUUGCUGCAUCGCAUUAUGCCUCCCUACAAAGUAACCCUAGCGGUAUGAAAAUCGACCUCCUCAGUCUUCGCUAUGAAGCUAUACUAUCCAUCAAUCGCUGUCUUGAGGUUCAACAGCCAGGGACUGUACAUGAUGCUUUGAUAGGGGCUAUAGCAAAGAUGGCAAGCUAUGAAGCUAUGUUCGGCAGUCUCGAGAAUUACGGUAUCCAUAUGCAGGGUCUCGCACGAGUGAUUAGUUUACGGGGGGGUCUCACAACACUAGGGCUGAAUGGCUUGCUCCAUCGGAUCGUGAUUUGGAUUGACCGCAACGCCGCUUUCUUGCAUGGAUCGGCGCUGACCUUUGUGUCGGUUCUACCUCUCAAUUAUCACGAACCUUCAUCGUCAUUACCUACUUUCAAUAUCGAAAUGUUUCUCACUGGUAAAGUCGCCCUUGUCACCGGCGGUGUUAAGAAUCUCGGAGCUCAAAGUGCCCUCGAGCUCGCUGGCGAGGGCGCCAAUCUUGCUCUUCACUAUCAUUCAUCCGGCGGCGAAAAGAAUGCAGGCUCUCUAGUAGCCACACUUAAGGAAAAAAACCCUUCAAUCAAGGUUUCCUUCUACCAGGGCGAUUUGACCUCUGCAGCUGCAGUAGCGAAACUGUUCCAAGACGUUGUUCGUGAUUUCGGCCAUGUUGAUAUUGUGGUCAACACGGUCGGCAAAGUGCUGAAGAAGCCUAUUACUGAGAUUAGCGAGGAAGAAUAUGACACGAUGUUCGCGGUGAACUCCAAAACUGCGUUCUUUAUUCUCAAGGAAGCUGCUGCUCAUGUGACUGAUGGCGGAAAGAUCAUUACUAUUGUCACUGCGCUCCUCGGGGCCUUCACUGGCUACUAUACUUCCUAUGCCGGUAGCAAAGCUCCUGUGGAGCACUUCACUCGGGGUGUUUGCAAGGAGCUUCAGUCUCGCAGCAUCAGUGUGAACAAUGUCGCCCCUGGACCGAUGGACACACCUUUCUUCUAUCCCCAGGAAUCUCCAGAAGCUGUGGAAUUCCACAAAGCAAACGGCAUGGGCAACCGUCUCACCAUGGUUAAGGACAUUGCUCCUAUCAUCCGCUUCCUUUGCACCGAUGGUGCUUGGAUUACCGGCCAAACCAUUUUCGCCAACGGUGGAUACACUACUCUUCUCAGUUCCUUCUACAACCAUGUCAAGGCCAACACCGUGAACGCGUCUAAUAUCACCUCUCUUGAUAUACAAAAUGCUACCUAUUGUGCAGCGUGUGAUGGUGCAUCAGUAUGCACUGGAACCCAACCCGCCCGCUGUAACAGGAUAUUCAGAGAUCUCAGCACGGAUCCCGCCCACUGUAGUAGCUGCGCGGCGCUCCCUGCCUGGGCUCUAGACCGGCAUGUCGAUCUGGUGCCUGUACAGAUCUGGUGA